GAGAACGUGCCUCGACGAGGAGGAGAAGAGGAGAAGGAGGAGGAAAAGAGAGAUCAUAGACUUCCACCUGGGCCUAGAGAGUCGGUUAAAGUAGGGGAGAGAAGCGGGCGGGCGGGGCCCACCUUCCAUACUGGCCGCCGGCGGUAUCAUGGCGACCCGGAACCCCCCUCCCCAAGACUAUGAAAGCGAUGAUGACUCUUACGAAGUGUUGGAUUUAACCGAGUAUGCCAGGAGACACCACUGGUGGAAUCGCGUUUUUGGCCACAGCUCUGGACCCAUGGUAGAAAAAUACUCGGUAGCCACCCAGAUUGUGAUGGGCGGAGUGACUGGCUGGUGUGCAGGAUUUUUGUUUCAGAAAGUUGGAAAGCUCGCAGCAACGGCAGUAGGUGGUGGCUUUCUUCUCCUUCAGAUUGCUAGUCACAGUGGCUAUGUGCAGAUCGACUGGAAGAAAGUUGAAAAAGGUGUAAACAAAGCAAAAAGACAGAUUAAAAAACGGGCAAAUAAGGCAGCACCUGAAAUCAACAACAUAAUUGAAGAGGCCACAGAAUUUGUCAAACAGAACAUUGUGAUCUCCAGUGGAUUUGUGGGAGGCUUUUUGCUGGGCCUUGCAUCUUAAGGAUGUGAGUGUUCCACCACAGCGGAGUCACCUGCGAGAAAAGAAGUCGUGGUGAUAAGGUGGUCUCUCAACAUUACACGCCCCGGGCUGACAAGAAACAACUAGCUGGACAAUUUCAAAUUCAAAAGUUAGCAUAUCGCCAUCUGAAGUUUGGCAAACUAGUAUCUGCUGUAAAAGAACCUAUAUGGUACAUAUAUAUGGUAUAUGUGUACAAUAGUAUUCCUGAUCCAAACAUGGCUGUCAUUUAUUUAAAUCAGAUGUUCUUCAUUAUGCUUAAUAGUAGUGCCAAUAAAUAAAAAUUUGUAUUAUAGCUGCCACAUUAGGGCUGACUUUUUUAAAAAAAAGAUAUGUCUGCAAUAAACUGAACUGUAGUGCCCUUUUGUGGAAGGAUUUAGAAAUAGUAGAAUUAUUAAAGAUAUCAAACCGAUUUAAUACCAAUUUUUUGGAUUGUUUAUCCUGCAAUUCUUAGUUUGAUUAUAUAAUUGUAGUAAAUGAUUUUAAGGAAGGCUCUUCUAAGGAAAUAUUACAUGUUUAAAGCUUUUUUUUCUUUCUUUGAUGUCUGUAGUUGUAAGAUAACUUUUUGUAUAAAAACUUCUAAAUGUUUUCUAUUUAUUUAUCCUGGCAGCCUGAGCAGAAUUCAUUAUUAUGAGGGUACAUAUAGUUGGUUCACUGAUUUAUUAUAUUAACUUGGAGUGAACCUCUUUCCUCGGUUCUGAAAGUCCCAAUUAUUAUUUUGUCCUCUUCACAAGGUGGUAAAAAUUACCUUAAAAUACUUAGUCGUUCAGUAUGAAUUUACUGUCUGAAGAACCGUGGUUUUCUAUAUAACUGUGAAAUUGCAGCUUAAAGAGAAUUGUCUCCUUCAUCUAGAGACGUAAGUGCUAAAGCUUUCAAACUUUUGCUAGCAUUGUGUUGGUUGCACCCUAGGCCAUUUGACUCGAUUCUCAGGGCCAACGUCACACUCCCUCCCAGGCUCCUUUGCCCAGAAAAGCUUUCUGUCUUGUUUGUUUUGUCCACAGAGUUCUAUGUUGGAAUUGGGAAAAACCUCAGAACAACAUGUGCUGGAGUCUUCAGGUUGGAAAGGUUGCAGAUAUCUAGUCUGUCUCCUUUGGAUAGCCAGUUCCCAUAGUACAUGUUGUGUAUUGUAAAAAUAAGGCAUUUCAUACUUUGGAAUUGGGUACAAUCCAUGUGCUUUCAUUAUUGCAAGAGUCCUUAAAAUUGAAUGUGAGAUUGAUCUUCAUGUUCUUUCUUUACUCUCAUUAGUGCCUCAGAUACAAUGCUAAAUAAAACUCAGAAGUGGUUUUGCU